AUGUCUAAGGCAGCCGGCGCCCAGGUCGUCGCACAGCGGCCGAUGGACCGCGGCAUCCCCGUUGGCCUCAACGAGGCGGCGCUCGACUCGCCCACGUUCCGCGCCUCCGCCGCGCACUUUGCCGAGCAGAUCGACGCCCUCGAGAAAUGGCUCAACGGAUACGUUUCCUCGACGUCGCGAUUGGUCCACGAUAUCCUGACGCUGGAGGAGUCGAUCAACACCUUUCUGGCCAAGACGAUGCCGUCCGCCGCGGACGGCAUUAUCGAGAACGACUAUGCGUUUCUUGCCUUGAAGCGGGUCGGCGACGGCCAGCGGGAGUGUUGGAUGCAGACACUGAGCACCAUGAAGAAAAUGGACGCCAUCGUCAUCGAGCCCAUCCGCGCGUUCCUCAGCGGCGACUUGCGCAACUUCAAAGAAAUUCGGCGCAUAAUGGAGAGCACCCAGAGGGCAUACGACGCGACCCUGGCGCGGUACGUCGGCCAGUCCAAGACCAAGGAGCCCUCUUCACUGAGAGAGGACGCCUUCUCUGUGUACGAAAACCGCAAGGUCUACAUCCAGGCGUCCAUGGACUAUUGCCAGCUGGCGCCACAGCUGCGUUUCACCAUGGACAAGCUCCUCGUCAAGGUCUGCACAGAGAUGUGGAAGGAGAUGAAGCGAGCAACAGAUGCCGCGUCCAACGCCACACGGUGGACGCGGGAGAUGGACCGCGUCCGUGGCUGGGCCAAGGAGAUGGAGCUAUCCGAGGGCGUCUUCAAGCGGGAACUGCAGAAUGCGAGAAGGGAGCUCGGCGAAACCACCUUCGAGGAGUUCAAACCGUCUCGCGAGCUAGAGGACUACAGCACGUCCACAGUGCCUUAUCUAGGCUCUCGUGGGCCGGUGAACAUGCGCGUCAAGGACCAGACUGCCGUCAUAUCGGAAAAGCAGGGCUGGCUCUUCCUGCGAAUGAUUACUGGCAAGCCGGUGCGCUACAGCUGGGUCCGCAGGUGGUACUACUGCCGCGAAGGCGUCUUCGGCUGGCUCACCCCCGGGCCCCAAGGCGUUCUCCAAGGCGACGAGAUUGGUGUCCUGCUGUGCAACGCCAAGCCGGCGGUGGGCGAGGACAGGCGCUUCUGCUUCGAGGUCAAGACGAAGAAUCAAACCAUGAUGCUGCAGGCGGAGACGCAAAGGGAGCUCAUUGAAUGGAUGGAGGUCUUCGAGGUCACCAAGAAGAAGGCGUUCGAGGCGAGCAUGACGCGCGACUCUAACCCGCUGUCUGGCUCUGUCGACCCUGCCUUUUCUAUAUCGCCCCCGAGUGCCCCCGAAUUUUCGGCCAAGGCGAUUGACAACCCAGUCGGCAUCCCCGAUGAUGCUGGACCUGGAUUCGAGCGCUCGGCGACACUCGGAGUCCCCAGUCAGGAGGGUUCGCGGCAAAGCAUGGAUGCUAAUAGCACCCUCAACCGGCGUUCAUUCACCGCACUAGGGAAGGACCUGGCGACGAGAGAGGAGGGCGAGAGUGGCCGCGAGCAUGCGGCGAGAAUCAUCCAGAAGCUCGACCUUCACCGCAAAAGCACGUUCGGUGCAGGUGUCGAACCUGGCCCUGCGACACCAGCAAACCCGGCCGGUGGCAUCGCAAGCCUCAUAUCGGCCAGCCACAACCUCUUGCCCGUCCAUCCUAGCCUCACAAGCGCCACAUCGAAGCAAUCUAGUGGAUUCACCCUCACCCUUGACAAUGUACCGGGCUCCCUCGCUCCGCCCACUCUGGCUAGACCGCCUACGAUGACGAACCUCAGCCGGACUGCUGUGGUUGUGGCCGGAGAGCGGGGCUCCAUCACCAGCAGCCGCAAGCUCCCGACGUCAAUCGUGGCCAAUUUCUGGGGGAGUAACGUAUGGGCAACCAUGAACGCCCCCGAGCAGCCGGUACUUCCACGAUUGGACGAUGACGACCCCAUCGGCGUGGUGGUGCCCGAAAGUUCGCAGACAUCACUAGGCAAGGCCGCGGAGGAGCAAGCCGACAGGCCGUUUCCUAGAAACUAUCCGCCGGAGCUUAGAGCACAGAAUGCGCAGUUUCGACUUCUCUUCCCCGACGCACCUCCCGGAGAGAGGUUGGUGCUUGUCUUUCGAGCCGCGUGGACAAGCUCCGUGGAGCGAGACUCACCCAGCGAGACACUCUCAGGCGAGGGCAGAAUCUUUGUCACGCCAGACAACAUGUACUUUUAUAGCCAGCAAAUGGGGCUUGUAACGGCGUACAGCAUACACCUGGAUAUCAUCACUGAGGUCACGACGGCCGCCGGAAAGGACUGCGAUUUCAUCUUCCUGCACCUUGGCCAGGAUACGAACGGGACGGGUUACACACGCAUAACGCUCAAGGUGUUCUUGGACGACCUCCACUUAUUGCAUACGCGGCUCAACUUCCUGAUCGACAACUUGCAAGCUGAAGAGCCUCUGAACACAGAAGGCCUCAUCUCGGCCCUGGUCAGUGUCGACAGAGACGAGUUCGACAAGCCGAGCCCAAGCGCCGACAGCUGGGAGGAGGUGUCUUCAACGACGCCCAUAGACGAUGGGACAUCAUUUGGCAGACCCGUGGGGCGACACCACAGCCAUCAUCACCACCACAGCUUCAACCUUGGGCACCAUGUACACGUAGGGACGUCUAAGACUCGCCUUAAGCUCCCACAGAAGCUCCAUCUUCCUUCGCAGCCCGUCGAGUAUGAACCAGAGGGCAUGGCAGAAAUGGCUGCCGACCGGCACUUCGAGAUCAGCGCGAAAGCGUGCUUCCACGUGCUGUUCGGGGAUAAAAGCUUUGUCUUCCCGAAGCUGUACUUUGAGCGCAGGGCGCAGCAGAUUGCACAGGGCCCGUGGGUGCUGGUAGACCAGGGACGCAUGCGCCGGGACUUCCACUUCAAGGUCGACUACAUGGACAUGCUCGGCCGAUCCAAGUCCGAAGACGUGGAGGACUACCAGACAAUUGAUGUCUACAGCGACCAUGUCACGUAUGUGGUGACGCACAUGAAGACAGCCUGGCAUCUGCCACAUUCGCGAAGCUUCAAGGUGGUGACCAAGAUUGUCAUCACGCACGUGGCCAAGUCGAAGUGCAAGCUCGCAAUCUUCGUCGGGAUCGACUGGUCCAAGGCGCCCGCGCUGUCCAAGAACCUGGUUGAACGUCAGGCGCUGCACGACGCCGCCAACGACGCAGAGGAGCUGGCAGAGCUGGCCACAGAUCAGGUCCGGAAGCUUGGCCCGCGAAGCCGUACCAACCGGGCCAUCCAGGUGUACGGCCAUGUCGGACAGCAGACUCAGGUCGUGCUGUUCUCACCGGCCGCGACGGAUUCUUCCAAGAAGCAGGCAAUCUCGCCGCGGACGCUGACGGCAAUGCUUCUCGAGACUGUCAGGUCGUUCGCGGAGAGUGCGGUUUCGUCGCUCAUCAUGUGGGCAUUUGCGGCGCUGAAGAAGCUGUUUGGUGUCAUAUCAGCGCAACGUGUCAUUCUUCUGUUGCUUGGAUUCAGCGCACUAACCAACGUGCUGCUGACAUCGACAGAGUCCUCGACGUGGUGGAAGGAAAGGAGCGCGGCGAGGUUCAUGCGGAGAAUAGGAGUGAAGCCGAACCCCGUGAUGAGCAGGGCGAUAUAUUUUGCGGACCUGGACCGGGCUUCAGGGGCAGCGGGCAACGAGCUGACCUUCCCAGCCAACAGUACGUGCUUUGAGACAUACAAAGAGCUCCUGGACGCAACGGACAUGGACGCGCCCUGGGAGGACGCGGGCUCGACAUUGACGUCGUCGUCGAGCCGCGCAACAGCGCGGCGGCUACGGCGGACGCGGCAGAGACUCGGGUCCUACCGACACGACUUGCUGGUGGCCAUGCGCGUGGUCAACAGCAUCGAGAGGGAGAUGCUGCAGUCGGAAUGGGAGAACUGGCUCAUCAACGAGAAGUCACUCUGCGACGGCCUGGACUCGCUCCUCGAGAAGGGCGGACCCAAAGGCGCCGACAAGGCGGCGCGGGACGAGUCAUCGACGCAGAAGGUGCUGGGCUCUCUGGACAGGAGCAAGAAGAAGGUGCUUGAGGAUUGGAGAAGAGGCCAUUGCGGGAGCUGCCGGAAGGACCUGGCCGCGGUGAUGAAGGAGAGGAUGGUCAACCACUUGUGA